GGAAGGGGGGUGCUGAUGGCGGCGGCGGCGCAGGGCGAGGGGCGGGGCGCAGCGCCCCUGUGCUGCCAUGGCCGCCUCCCCCUGCCCGCCGCCCGCCUUAAAUACUAUGGGGCGGCCGCAGCUGCGGCGGGAGCUGCCGCCGAGCGCACCAUGCGGGCUGUCAUCGCCUUGGCCGCGGCGCUGGGCAGCCUGCUGCUGGCCGCCUGCCUCCUGCGCCUGGGCGGCGAGCGGCCGCUCCGCGCCAGGGGCUUGGAGGAGGAGGCGGAAGGAGCGCCCGGCACGCCGAAAGUGGUGCGAGCCCUCAGAGCCCCCCCGCCGCCCUUUCCUCGCACCGGGAACAGAACAACUGCUAAUAAAAAUGGAAUUUACCAGUUUGAACAGGCUUCAAAGUGUAAGGCGAUUCAGGACAAUAUUUUAUCAUCAUCAAUCAAGAAGAAAAGAUAUUCAGAAGAUUAUUAUCUUCACAUAGUCAAAAAGCUACAGAACUGCACGUGGAUAAGGAGACCAGAAGAAUCUGCAAAAUUCAGGUCAGAGUUGGCUUCCUGCUGUGAUGCAGCUCACAAUUUUAUUGCUUCUCAAAACAACACCCCACUGGGAAGUAACAUGAGUUAUGAAGUGGACAGUAAAAAGACCAUCCUUAUUACAGAGGACAUUUAUAGGAUGCUGCCUGUGUCCCCUCCUCUCUCGGUUUAUCCCUUCAAGAACUGUGCAGUGGUUGGAAAUGGAGGCAUUCUGAAAAAUUCCAGCUGUGGAGCUGAAAUCGAUCGUUCUGACUUUGUGUUUAGGUGUAACCUCCCUCCAACUACAGGAAGCAUUAGCAAAGAUGUUGGCAAUAAAACAAACCUUGUGACUGUUAAUCCAAGUAUCAUAGCUCAGAAAUACAACAAACUAAACGAAAAGAAGACAGAAUUUGUGGAGAACAUCGCAGUCUAUGGAGAUGCUUUCCUCUUAUUACCAGCCUUUUCCUUCAGAAGCAACACAGCCACUUCUUUUAAAGUCUAUCACACUCUGCAAGAGUUCAAAGCAACCCAAAGGGCAAUAUUUUUUCACCCCACCUAUCUGAAAAGUCUUGCCCAGUUCUGGAGAACUAAGGGUGUGAAAGCCUAUCGUUUGUCAUCUGGUUUUAUGAUCACUAGUGCUGCUGUUGAGCUGUGUGAGAAUGUGAAGCUUUAUGGCUUCUGGCCUUUCUCAAAAUCCACAGAGAAGAUGCCAAUCAGCCACCACUAUUAUGACAACCAGCUGCCUAAACCAGGUUUCCAUGCAAUGCCCAAAGAAUACAACCAGAUCCUUCAGCUUCAUGGCAAAGGCAUUUUGAAGUUGCAGUUUGGUAAAUGUGAAUCAGACUAAAAAGGGUGAUGAUGCUAAGGAGACAAUUUGUGUAUCUCAGCAGCUUGGUGUUGGAUUUGAUCCGAUGUGAUUUCGUGAGCAUUAAACUGCAUUAUUACAAUAGAGAAAUAUUUUACACUUGGGGAGAAAAGAAAGUGAUUUUUCACACGCUGACUGCUACAUUUCUGAAUCUCGAGUAAUCUUUUUUUUUAAUACAAAAUAGCAUUUGUCUGGUAAAUUAUGGAACUCCUUACUAUUGUUUUAAUUGUAGCAAAGCACAAGCUCAGGAUGGUGGCAAUGUGACAUUCAUCAUGUUUUGCUUCUUAAAGCAUUACUAAAAUAUUUUGAUGUAAGAUCUGCGAUUUUGUUACUAUCCCAUAAUACAGGCAACAGUCUCUGUAUGGUAGCUCCGUGAGUUGGCAGUGAACACUUCCAAUUAAGAACUGGAUCCUGUAACGGCUAGCAUUUGUCUACAUGAGAAAGGUGAUGAGAAGAGCAAUGGUGGAGUACUUAAUUCAGAGCUAAGUCAUCCUUAGUUUGUCCCUGGGUGCACAAAUGAAAAAAGUUCCUCAGGUUAGAGAUAGUAAAGUAGUUUAUGUGCUUUAAUUUUGUGGCCAAUAGAUAAUGCUGUGGAUUUAAUGGGAUCGCUCAUGUGAAUGAUGUUAAUUUUGUGAACAACUGUGUGAAGGACCAGAGAUGUGUAAUUAUUUUCAAACCCCUUUUCCUGCUCCUGUUCCUGUCUAAGGUCCAGCUCAGCUCCAAAUGAGGACAAUAAACCAGGUUUCAUGCUGCAGUCCCCAGAGUCCUGGUAGGGCAUGACUUUGCACACGUUCCUGCAAUCCCAGAUCUAUAUCUCUGCUGACACACGAGAUGGACCAUUCACUAGAAAAAUGAUCUGUACCAGCCCUAGCAGUUUUUCUGUUUUUUUUUUUUUUUCCACCUAGCAUAACACCUUUCUCUAUGUGACCACAGAUAAAGAAACUGCAUCGAGCAUUAUUAGAAGAAUAUUCCCUUUAGAGUCAACUCUCGUACCAGGCCAUAUAAGAAAGAAAAUUACAGUUACUUAAUUCAAACCCCAUGCAGUUCUUGUGCUUGAAGUUUCUAUACGGUCCAGUGGAGCAACAUCCUGCAAAAAACAAAAGUGAAAUAAAGAACCACAUUAACAUUUAUGGGCGCUACAACAAGCAGUUGUUCCCCUAGCUGUAGCAGCUUGUAUAUUUCUGCUUAUAUUUUUUACUGUGGUGAAAAAAAAAAAAAAGAAAAAAAAGUGGUAACCUGUUUCUGUUACAAGAAGAGUUUCAGUGGUUUUUUUGAGACUCAAUGAUCAGUUCAAAGAUAAAGUGUCCUUCUUAUCCUUUCACAGUCAGAUACUGUCAGGUAUUUUCUUUACUAAAACUCAUUUUACCACAGUAGCACUAAAUCCCCAGUCAACUGAUAGUUUACAGAGCAUUCAAUUUUCCACUCAUUGAGGAUUAUUUAUGCCCCCCCCCCCAAAAAAAAAACAACAAACCACAACUGCUUAAAUGUAUUGAACCUUAUAAAAGACAUUUUUAGGCUGAUACCUUAUAAGAGCAUUUCUAUAUUGAUGUAAUAUUUGAAAGUUUACCUUGCAGCAGUUUUAUAAUCACAGAAAUAAUCCUAAAAAUGUUAGAAUCAAUCGUUAUCGUUCCCGUUCUGUUAGCUGAGAAAUAUUCAGCAUUUUGAGCCAUUUCCAAAUAAUGAUAUCAGAAUCUAAUAGCACCCCACUAAUACACAAGUGGACCUCUGAAUAUCAGUAGGGCUUUUACCAGAAACAAAGAUGUCAUAAUUGAGCCGCUGGUACAGCUGUGUUACCAGCUGGUGACUGAAAAAGGCGAGCACAAGGGUUUGAUUCAUUGUGAUCUGUUACUGUUCCAGCGCCACACGUCCACAUUUUGUCCUCACUAGCAGUGAAAUUUGUGCCAGUUUCUGGCCACGGGCAUCUGUCACUUGUGCAGAGAGCUGGCUGCUGUAAGACCUCGCAUCCACGUUACAAGUGUGGUGGAUGAUUGCCUACUGCAAGACCCCAAUUAAGAGAUAAAGGACAAAUUUGCUCCAUCCAAAUUUGCUCCAAGACAAAAUCUGGACAAGACAAAUAAAAGACCAGUUUUCUCCAAGAACUUUUCUUUGCUGUAAAUCACUCGUGUGGACUGUACCUGAGCGUUGGUAACUGGAAGGUGUGCAAAGUGAUGUACUUCGUGUGAUGCAAAUAGCCUUGGUUGAGAGCCACCUCAUAUUUCCUCCAGGAGUCAAAGACGUACCUGUGUUCAGGCAAGGACUGUAACUUACCCCCACGUAGUGCAGAGCAAUGAGAUGAUCUUGGCUGUCUGUGUAGCUUUUCCUCCUUCUUGCUGAGUUCUGUUCAGCCUAUGGAUCAUUAUCUCAAAAGGCUCCACAGGUAAUUUUUAUUCAUUCCCCUUAUUUUCUUCCAUCCUGGCUGGCUCCACCUUUGAGCUCAGUGCAGGGAGAGAUCAGUGCCACAUAUGUAGCAGGAUUUGGGAUUGGACUGUCCCUAUAAAGAGUUUUGGGGUUGAAACUACCGUUCUGUUUCGAGGCAAAAGAGUUUGCUAACACAGACGUACAGCUGGCCUCAGUCCUCGAAACUAUUUCUUGCCACGUUUACCAGUGCAGACCUUGUGCCCAGGUAAGAGCUCCAUUUCCUUUGAGAUUUGCUGGUUGACACCUGUAGCUGCAUGGCAUGAAAUUUUUAGGUAAGCUGUAAGAAGCACCUGUCAGAGCCUCUGUUUAGUCGUGUGGCAGUUGCAGCAGACCCCAGACCAGUCUUUAUAGCCCUCGACUCUUCCUGUGCUUUGCAUGGCAGUAGAAGCAGUACCCUACGUGGCAGGAGAGGGGCUGCAAGCCCACUCAGCCCUGUAGCCACCUCCCACUCACGCCUUUGGGUGAGCUACAUGGUCUGACUUCCAAAAAUUCAGACAUCUUUUAGAGACUGAGACAGUCUCACAUGGUAUCUACAACAAUUGCAAGUGUUUGUAUGUGCUUAGAGGUGAUGCAUAGGUUAUAUCAUUGAGUGCUCAGAUUAAAUUUGAUGAACUACUCAGCAUGACUAAAGUGCAAAGCCUGGUUUUGUGUAAGUAGAGAAGUGGAGAAGUGUGUUGGAUAGCACCGUAUUACCUUAUGUCAGUGAAUAAAUGUGUGCUGUGUGCUCUGACACACCACAGAGCUGAAGUUACUGUGUGUCUGGGCUAUUUCUGUGCAGCUAUGUUAUUUAUAACACACGUAUAUUAGUAACUAGAAAGUUUAUUGGAAUAUAUUUUAAGAGUUGUAGCUGAAAAGAAGAAAACUGUUCUAGUUUCCUUGACAAAACAGGUCUAAACUGAAGGGUUUAAUGGAUCAGCACAAAUGGGGGCAAAGUUCUGUAACACGGACAGAUACUCUGACUUUUUAGUGCCUUCAGUGAAGUCUGAACUUGGCAUUGACCUGAAGACCUGCUCCUUUAUGCUCUCAGAGCUCUCAGCCAUUUAUGUGGAUCACAAGACUGGCAAGAAAUGUGUGGAGGGAUUGUUAACCUUUCCUACCCUUUCCUGCAAAUACUCUUAACUCCUCCUUAGUAUAAAAACACAGUCUGUUAGACUUUAGAUUAAGAAAUUAUCCUUAAUGUAACUUUCUCAGGCCAUGCUCCAGACGCGAAGCCAUUAUGUGAUGCUGGUUGCAUCCACUCCACAUCACCGGAGCGCAGCUCUCGCGCUUGGAUUUGUUGUCUCCGCUGCUGCCGUGUGCUUUGUGGCUGGUCCUGCUUCAUUUGUGCACAGGCCAGGCGAGCUAAUAGCAGCAUUUCUGGGCGGCAGAGUGCAGUCAGAUUAAUCAAGACUUGCCGAAUUACAGUCACUGUGGUAAAGGAUGCUUUCUCUGACAGCUGAAUAAAUUAUUUCUCAUUUAGGGUACAUCUGUGCCAGGUUAACGAUGAGUAAAUGGAUUUGGUACCUGGCUGGGAAUGUUUAUGAUGCUUUUGCAAGACCAAGCCAAGUGCGGUUUUGAUUAAGGACUCUUGACCAGAGGUUAGGAAGGGCCUCUCAGCUCCCUCUGCUUCGUAUGAGGAAUAAUCAUUCCUCGGGUUUGUGGGCCUCCAGUGCUGUCACACGCUGUGGAGUGAAUACAGAGAUUAAAUAGUUUUCUAAAGAUAGAAGCACUGACAAUGUGCUAAUAGUUCCACUGCACCUUUGCAGGGGCUGACAGUGUCCUUGCACAUGACUGGUUCACGGCAUCCUUAGAUUAAAGCCCGCUUGUCUGCUUUUGUUCCUUUUUCUCCUCCGAAUCUUUACUGUUGCAUUUUCCUGUAGGAUCCGGCGCUGCCUGGAGUUAGUUACUGCUUUUCCCUCGGGGGGCGUUACGUGGUUCUGUUUGCUGUCUGUCACUGAGCCUCUAUGGCUAUGAAUCAAACGCUGCUGUGCUUGCAGCAUAGUAAAACACACUUAAGAUGGCUUGGUUUACAGUCUCAGGGAAGGCAGCAAUGUUCACACUGAGGUGCUAAAUUCGGGCUGUAGCUCCACGGUGACUUCAGCUGUGAGGGCUGGCAAUGGGGUCCAGCCCCCCUUCUCGUGCUCCAGCCCUUCCUUCGUGCUGUCUGUGAUGCCUGUCUGCUCCCACACUGACCCGUUUGGCACACCGAGCCGGCACAAAGCUAACCUGGCGCCAGAAGGAGAAAAUUGGCUCUUGCCAACAGAGCCAGGGGAAUUCCAGUCACAGCAAAGGAGGGGUGAGACCAGGCAGGUGGCAAUGUAGGGAUGCAGCAAUGCCCUUUUGGUAUCUGAUGGCUCUUGGAUGGGCCCAGCUGUCCGCCGAAGCCUACGUCAAGCCGGGGGGGCGACACCUCUGGGGACCUUGGGGGCAGGAACAGCAGGGAGGCUGCUCUGCUGCUGCAGGGCUGGGGCCCAUCUUUCCCCCAGGGACAGAGGGGGCUUAAGGGCUCUGGGUACCUGCACUUCUUGAUUAGUGAUAUGGUUUAGUGGAGGACUUGUCAGUGUUAGGUCAGAGGUUGGUCUAGGUGAUCCCGGAGGUCUCUUCCAACCUAGAUGAUUCCGUGAUUGUUGCUGCUCUUUUCUGCCUUUCCCAAUUCAGUCAUUUUAAUAAGCUGCCCACCAUCAGUGGGUUCAGAAAUGAUAACCGUAAAUGAAGACUUUGACUGGAAAUACUGUUUCUCGCUUGGUAAGCUUGCAUAAACUUGCACACAAUUCAGCACACCUGGGCUUUCAGCCUCUGCUCAGCCCAGCAUCUCAUACAACAUCUGCAGAGACCAGGGAGCUGUAGUACUUUGAAGCAGUAAAAUUCUUACACGUGAGCUUGCUGGUUAAGUAUAUCUUAGCUGGAACUAUUCACAGCCAGGUAAUCCUUUAUCUUGCAAUAUUCCAGCAGCCAGUCUCUCUCCUCUCUGGGUCUGCUCGCCCAGAGUAGUGGCAAAGGGGCAUGUUAUUACCACGUAAAGCCUGGCUCUCUUGGUUUCAGAUUCUCUCAUUUGAGGCAGGAAAAUCCUCCUUCUCUGCAUUUCUGGAUAGCCAGAGUUUCACAGGCUGCUGUUCUCUUGGGAUACUCUGAAGGAAUCAUUUGAGGCUUUCGGCUACAGGGCACAAUGAGUGGGCAAAUUUAUUACUGCUAAGCUUUGUUCUGGAUCUUCUUGAGGCUCAUAUUAAGUAUUUCUUAAUUGGCUCUAAAUUAUAAUAAUGUGUCAAGUAGAGCAUGAGAAGAUCUGCAGCAUACCACUAAGCAGAGGAACUGGUAUGGUUAUUUGGCGGUCUCUGUUUGUAACAUAACCUUUCAGAGCAACUUCCUGUCCCAUGGACCCCAUCACGAGGGAAAUGAACUAAAAUUAUUGUGAUGUAUGAGAAUUUACUGAACUAACAUCCUUUUGUGGGUGAGAAAUAACUGCCCUUCAGUGGCCAGUGUUGGCAAAUACCGAUUUAAGGAUGAAAACACUCCGACUGUGUUUCUUAAUUCAAAUACUAGAACUGCUGGACCUUCUCAUUCCUUGUUAUAUCCAAGAAGGAAUGGCAUCCUCGCGUUGCCUUCCAAUAACUAGUCAAGCCUGUCUUUUGCUAAAUUCUGAGGUAGCAUCAGCAAUACAGUGUGCCACAUAAAUUGCUGCACCUAGUGCUGUUUUGUCUUUUAUUUCUUUCAUCCUGCUUUUCUCCACAGCGGGAGACAGCUCAGAAAGCUGAGUAAUGGAAGCAUUUUCAUGAUCCCACCAUUAAUUCAUGGUACUAUGGCAAGAGGCUAUCAGAAUGAAUAAUGCUAAUGGUUGGGAUGGGAUAUUCUAGUGUAAGACAAGAUUACGGGUUUCUAAUUCCUCACCAUUCACUUCAGUCCCCGACAAGAGGAGAUCCUUCACAGCAAACCUGUGGUUCAGCAACCUGCUAGGUUUCUCAGCUCUUGGCUUAGCAGUGAGGUGAUUCCCUAAAAAUCCUCUUUCUGCUUCUUAGUGCAUUUAUUUUUAGUGCUUAUGGUACAGAAUCGUUCUUAGACUGUUGUGAAAUUGAAGUGUAGUAGCUGAAAUUUCUGCCUGUUUUAUAUGCACAUUUUAUAUAGUAGCUUCAGAUGUGUUCUUUAUGUUAAUAUUCUUAAUGUUCUUUUCUUCAGGUAUUGAAUUAAAACUAUUUUAAAAUAUUAAUUUUAUUUUAUUCUACCAGAGUAAGCUGCAGGGAAAGUUACAUAAUGCCACCUAAAAUAACAGUGAUACAUCCCAAAGUCAUUUUUGAGGGUAUCUGACUGAUUUCUAGAAGAGAAUUUUUGGGACAGCUGCUUCUUGGAUUUGCCUUUCUAAGGCAGAGCUAAGAGGCCACCUCUGCUGCUGGUUUAGGUCAAGAAAUACAAGUAAGGAAACAGGUGAAUGGAGAGGUUCUGCUUGGGACUUUUGCUAAGGGAUGCCAAAUGCAUGUUUUCUUCUUUUCAGAGACUGUUCCUUGUGUCAAGAUGUAAUUUCACAAAGUUUCCCCAAUAGCUCGUGCCCAGAGGUUUCACGGUCUCUCCAAAGGUGCAUUGUGCUCACUUCUGGCCCAGUGCUCUCAACGCAGUUGUCCGAGCAGAGCUUUCCCGUCCCUGGAGCUGGUGUAGUUGUGUUCCACGGGCGCCAAACUCCGCAUGAAGCUGCUCUGCAGCUGCUCUUUCCAAAAAGGUUCCCUCAAAUUCUCUCAAUGCUGAACUUAUUUAUGUUUUCAGAUGUGAACUCGAUGUUGUCUGUCCGCACAUGAGUAGCACGUGUGCAGCCUACCAUAGAUGUGUCUGCGCAGGAUUUAGGAGGAGGCAGGGAAAGCCCCUCAAACGUGUGUGUGCUUUUACUACAGAAAACCAAGAUGAAGUUGUAUUGUUGAGUCAUCUGUUAGCUGAUCCAAUUUAUACUUUGUUUUCAUGUUUUAAGUGCCUAAUGAUUUUUUGUCGAGGAGGCAAUGGUUUCUCUGUUACAAUGCAUACUUAGAAUUCUGCACUUGUUACCUGUUCUGUAAUAGAACAUUUUUUUUUUGCAGUUUCUGUUUGGAAAUAAAGACUUAUUAGCCAUAA